CUCCGCCAGAAGCCACUAUGUAGCGCCAGUUUUCUGAGUGGGUGACGAGUCACGUCACGAAGCUCCAAGCCACAACAGGCCAGCCGGAGGUCAGUUACGGUUAGUCUUCCCCCCCAAUCCCGAUUAAGGCCACCUUUUGUACUUGGAACGCUUUGGAUAGUUAGAGCUAAUCUGUCUAUCUACCACCUGUCUCAAUAUUACCAGCACAGCGUAGCUACCUUCGAGAUCAGGACGUCGUCUUUGAAUUGACCUCAGCGUCCUUCUCGUGUGUGUACACCUUGCACGCAACUGACUCACCAAUUGCCCGCAGACGGCCACGUUCUUUUCCCUCCUCUUCAAUUCGUCGUCAUCCUCACCAUGCGCUGGCUGCCCGUCUUCCUCUCUCUGGCUCUGCCCUUUGGCUCGUUCGCUGCCAAGAAAUCAGCAUCCGCUGUCGACCGCUUCGAUGACUUCCACGCAAAGACCCUCUCUUCCUACGCCCCUGCGAAGCUAGAUGACAGGGCCUACAAGAAGCUGACCUCGGCGCCUCGAGACUUCACUGCCGCAGUCCUCCUGACUGCCAUGGACAACCGCUUCGGCUGCCAACUAUGUCGCGAGUUCCAGCCCGAGUGGGACCUCCUUGCUAAGAGUUGGAUCAAGGGCGACAAGAAGGGAGAUUCGCGUCUUGUCUUUGGCACAUUGGACUUUGCCGACGGAAGGGACACUUUUGUUUCUCUCGGCCUUCAGACUGCUCCCGUGCUGCUGCUCUUCCAGCCCACCACCGGCCCUCACGCUGUUGCCGCUGCCGAGCCUCUACGCUAUGAUUUCACCAACGGUCCCCAGGUUGCCGAGCAGGUCCACAGCUGGGUCGCCCGCCACAUGGCCGACAGACCCCAACCCCCGGUCAAGCGUCCCGUCAACUAUGUCUUCUGGCUCGUCACCAUUGUCACUGUGCUUGGAGUUGCAGGAGUUGGAUUCAAGGCCUGGCCCUACAUCCUCCCCGUUCUCCAGAACCGAAACGUAUGGGCUACCAUCACUAUCAUCAUGAUCCUCGCCUGUACUGGAGGACACAUGUUCAACCAGAUUCGCAAGGUUCCUUACGUCUCAGGAGAUGGUAAAGGUGGGAUCAACUACGUUACUGGAGGCUUCCAAAACCAGCUGGGUAUUGAGACUCAGAUCGUGGGCUUCAUCUACGGUGCGCUUUCUUUCAUGGUUAUUGCCCUUAUCUUGAGAGCACCAAGACAAACCGACUCAAAGUACCAGCAAGCCUUCGUUAUCGUAAUGAGUGGAGGCAUCUUCCUUCUCUACGGUCUGCUCCUCUCCAUUUUCCGCAUCAAGAAUGGUGGAUAUCCCUUCGCCCUUCCUCCCUUCGCGUAAAUGGCGUUCUACAAGCGACGUUGAGGUAAGACUACCACCAGUUGCAGUUCCACCAAAAAGCUUGUUUGGAAAAGCACGAGAAACUGCCAGCCAGAACAUGGCUACGUGCACAAAGCUAUGCCUGUAUAUAGUGUACCAUAUAUCUUCCGCCAAAUGCAAUGGCACGUGCGCAAGAUAGAACAGAAUGUGAAAGAUGCCUAAAAGAA